AUGGCUCCCGCAAAGAAGGGAAGCGAGAAGAAGAAGGGCUGGUCUGCCAUCAAUGAGGUGGUGACCAGAGAAAACAUGGUCAACAUUCACAAGUGCAUCCAUGCACUGGGUUUCAAGAAGCGCACCCCUAGGGCACUCAAAGAAAUCCAGAUAUUUGCCAUGAAGGAGAUGAGAAUUCCAGAUGUAUGCAUUGACACCAGGCUCAACAAAUCUGUCUGGGCCAACGGAAUAAGGAAUGUCCCAUACCAUAUCCAUGUGCAGUUGCCCAGAAAACGUAAUGAAGAUGAAGAUUCACCAAACAAGUUCUAUACAUUGUUUACCUAUCCACCUCUCGCCACUUUGAAAAAUCUGCAGACAGUUAAUGUGGAUGAGGACUGCUGA